AUGGAUGACCCAGAAUUUCCCCCACUGUUUGGAUCUGUUCGCAAUAUUCCAAGGGCCUUCAUGUCCGGUACAUCUUCUAAUACUCAAGCUACUCCUUCUAAAAACUCCACUGCAGAAUCAGACUUGACAAUAGCCACUGAACCUCAAGCUAUGGGGGUAGCUCACAAACUUAAUGGUAGCAACUAUCUCCAAUGGUCUCAAAGUGUGUUAAUGUACCUGCGUGGGAAGCGUAAGGAGAAGUAUAUCAAUGGAGAAGCACAACAACCUUCACAUAAUGACCCCAAAUUUGACACCUGGUUCGCUGAAAAUAAUCAGGUGAUGUCUUGGUUGUGCAAUUCAAUGACCCUCGAAAUCAGUGAAGGAUACCUUCUUGCAAGCACAGCCAAGGAAAUCUGGGAUGCUGCUAAGUGGACCUACUCUACCCUCGACAACACUGCAGCCUUAUUAGAUCUCAAGAGGCAACUCAAAGAUCUGAAGCAAGGCAACUUAACUGUAACACAAUACUACAGUACUCUGACAAAGAUAUGGCAGCAAUUGGAUCUCUUUGAAGUACAUCUUUGGAAGGAUAUAGAUGAUGCUAAUUACUACAGACAGUUGGUGGAAAAGGGACGAACAUAUGAAUUUUUGUUGGGCUUGAAUGAUGUGUUUGAAGAAGUAAGGGGGAGAAUUAUGGGAUUGAAACCCCUGCCAUCCCUAUUUUAA